UGUAAUUUCCAAGCGAUACGGACACGAAACGGAUACUGACACCGCUACAACUGUUACCUCGAAAUUUCGCGGGCUCGUGCGGUGAAUUUUCUGGCGCCAGGGAGCCGAGGAACUAGAAGGCUUCGGCAACUUUGGUUCCUUGCCGUCCUCCUCUUCUUCGUUCGGCUGGAAGUAAAUGCACAAAUCUAUUGAGGGUCCGAAGAUGGAUGUCGGUUGUGCAGCCAUCCCACCUGAACAGGAUCCCCAAAAUCUGAAGCCUGACGGAGAUAGGAUGGACGAACAUCGCCCUAGAAGGACGCUUCUCAAAACCCACAAGCCUAAUUGGAAAGACAAGCUUCGAGAGAAUUGUUUGAGGAGGGUUCGGCGUGAUCGAGAAAGGUUGCUUUGGAGGUUCCGGCACAAUGAGCAACUAAGUCAGGACAUGGUCACAUCAGCUUUUAGAGACAUAGUCUGCGAUGAAUACCAAAAAAUCAGACAGUCUACUUUUGGCAUCUCUGAUAAAAUUUCAGAGACCAGUGGUGAUGAUCCAUUGUGGGAAUUCAAUAGUCUAGAUGUGAUUUGUGAGUCAAACGAAAGGGAAUAUAUAGAAUUGAUGACUGAGAUGGAAAGGCUUCUUCAUGAAGAUAUUGCUGCUCAGGUUAUCAAAAGAGAUAGACAAUUAUUAGAAGAUUAUGAGAGGAUAGUAGACGAUGAAGACAAAUAUUUGGCCCAAGCUGUUUUUGAGCAUAUGCAACUUAAUGAAAAACAGGUUGAUCGAGUUUGGUGCCCUGUCUGCACAAGGGGAUACAUGCAAGAGGAUCAACAUAUAGUGUAUUGUCGAUCAUGUGAGCUUCAACUUGAUCUUCAAAGUGAUAAGGUCAAUUUGGAUUUUGUCAGAGAUAGGCUGGGGAAAGUCAUAGAAGAGCACUUGGAUAAAGGAUGUAGAGCUAAACCUGAAUUUUGCUUGGAGACAAGGUUUGGAUUUACUGCUUUAUACGUCAAGUGUCAGCAUUGCGCUACAUUCGAUAUUGUAGUUUAGUUUGUAUUUGUCCAACACCUAUAAUUGUCCUUUAUUUAUCUUCUCGCUGUAAAUUGCGGCUGAGCUGUUCAAUGAAAAUGUCAGAUGAUAAUUUGAGAAGGUACAGCUUUAUUUUA